AUGGGGCACCAAGAGUAUUCCUCAGAAUUCAAGAACCAAGUGGUCCAAUUCAUCAUCGGAAGGUGUGUGGGCGGUGUACCUCCUCGUGGCACACUUAAGGAAGCACAACUGAAGUUUACAAUCUCCCGGCAAACCUGUACAAGGUGGUGGAAUGCUGUAAAGAAACAGCAACAACGAGGAACAUCAGUUCAACUGGUGCAACCUCUUGAGUGUGGCAGUGGGUUUAGGUUGUUCAAAAACAACCGUAAGGAUGGCCUGAUUAUACCACACACAUCAGCAAACAAGUUGUUACGGCUGAGAUUCACAGUUGAAUCAUUAGAAUUUGACAGAAUCCUCAACAAAAUCAGAUUCAUGAAUAUGCACAACACUAUACAUAUUGAUGAAAAAUGGUUCUACAUGACAAAAGGAACUCAGAGAUUCUAUCUUGCUCCAGGAGAGCAAGAACCGCAUAGAACAUGUAAAAAUAAGAAGUUCAUAUCCAAAAUAAUGUUCAUGUGUGCAGUUUGUAGACCAUUGUUUGGUGUUCAUGGUGAAGUGUUGUUUGAUGGAAAAAUUGGAAUUUUUCCCUUUACCAAACAAGUUGCAGCCAAGAGGUCAAGUAAAAACAGGCAGGCAGGCACUAUGGAGAAAAAACCCAUAGAGAGUAUCACAACAAAUGUGGUGAGGGAAUGCUUGAUCAAUAAGAUAUUACCUGCCAUCAUAGCCAAGUGGCCAGAUGGGGCAACUAAAGUUCUCAAGAUACAACAAGAUAACGCGAGACCACACAUCAAAGACAAUGACUCAGCUUUCAGAGAAGUUGCACAACAAAGUGGGUUCUCAAUCUCAAUUGUGCAACAACCACCUAACUCACCUGACACCAAUGUGAAUGACUUGGGUUGGUUCAGAGCAAUACAGUCACUACAAACUCAGACUGCAUGCAAUAAUGUGGAUGACUUAGUGAAUGCAGUUGAGAAAUCAUUCCAUGAAUUACAACCAGAGACUUUGGAUAAUGUUUUCCUAAGUCUUCAAGGCUGUUACAUGGAAAUUAUGAAAGUCCAUGGUCAGAACAGAUACAAGCUGCCCCACAUGGGGAAAGCACAUUUAAGGAGGACAAAUCAGCUUCCACUGAAUCUAGAAGUUCCAGUGGAACUGGUUAUGGAAGCAGUAGCUUAUCUGAGAGACCAGGGGAGCAAUCAUGGAUUGGAGUCAAUAUCCCAAGCCUUAGGAUUAUGA